AAUGUGUACACAUUCGCCAUUUUAGCGUCGGAACAGAAGGGGGUGAAGCUAAGCUAGGCUAAGCUAAACCAAGCUAAACCGUUUGCGUGGCAAUGGUCCACUGUACCGUUUCUUCUUUGUUCCAUUGCGAUUUUCAUUUGAAAUAAGUGAACUCAACCCGCGUUUCCAGCCAGCCUUAAAACAGCGCGAAUCACCUUGGCUGUUUUUGGUGUAAUAUUUAGUGAAGCCCUCGCAGAAAUAUGGCGGAAGGUGCACAUUACUUUGAGCAUGACAACCGCACUGGACCGAGCAAUCGCAACCGUAAAGGCAGAAGUUCCAAUAAAGGUCGCUCUCACGACCGCUUCCGCAGAGACCGCCAACGUGGCGGAGGAGGAGGAGGAGGAGACUUGGGGGGUCCUGGAACACGGUCCAGACUUGAAAAUGCUGAUGGAGAUGUGACAAUGAAUGACAGCAGUCAAGACAACAGCAAUCAGAACAGAUUCACCCCGUAUGGAAGAGCCUUUCGAAAAGAUGGCCGAGACAGGCGCCAAGGCAAAGGAGGAGGUGAUAGAGGAGUCUUUAGAGGAGACCGAGGUGGUGGAGGCCGAAACCGUGCCAGCUGGUACAAAGUGACCAUUCCUCAUGGAAAAAAAUAUGACAAGAAAUGGUUAUUGACCGCACUUCAGAACAUCUGCUCUGUAACCUACACACCUGUUCAGUACCAUGUCGACCAUAACAGAGUCCAUUUCUAUUUGGAUGAUCCCACUGCAGCCAGCGCUCUGCAGAAAUGCUCCCACAAGAUUACUGACUCAGACGGUUACAAGGUGGAAGUGCACGUCAAUCGCAGCGUUCCACCUAACUUCCUCCUGUCUGACCUGAAGCCUGAAGAUAUCGAGCAUUUGAAACAAUGUAUGGCAAAACGUUUUGAUGGCUCACAACAAGCUCUGGACUUGAACAACAUCCGCACAGACCCUGAUCUGGUCUCCCAGAAUGUCGAAGUCAUCCUGAAUAGGAAGAAAAGUAUGGAAGCAGUUAUCAAGAUUAUUGAAGAGAACAUUCCAGAGCUAAGCAGUCUGAACCUGAGCAACAACCGUAUCCAUAAGAUGGAUGAUCUUAGUGAAUUGGUUACAAAAAUGCCUAAUUUGAAGAGCCUCAAUCUUUCCCACAAUGAGCUGAAGUUGGAAAGGGACCUGGACAAAAUAAAAGGCCUGAAACUGGUUGAACUGUGGCUGAUCAGGAACCCCUUGUGUGACCUCUUCAAAGAUCAGGCCUCAUACAUUAGUGCUGUGCGGCAGAGGUUUCCUCGCCUACUUAAGCUUGAUGGUAAUGAUCUGCCUCCGCCAAUUGGAUUUGAUGUGGAAACACCCACCACUAUCCCCCCUUGCAAGGGAAGUUACUUCGGCUCGGAUGAAAUCAAGGGCCUCAUCCUUCGAUUCUUGCAACAGUACUACAGCAUAUAUGACUCUGGGGACAGACAGCCUUUACUGGAUGCUUACCAUGAUGGCGCAUCGUUGUCCCUCACAAUACCUUUCUCCAGCCAGAACCCCUCCAGGUCAAGUCUGGGAGAGUACCACAAAGACAGUCGAAACCUGAAGCGGAUCAGAGACUCCACGAUCCGCUUCAGACUGCUGAAGCACACACGUCUCAAUGUGGUGGCUUUCAUUAACGAAUUGCCCAAAACUCAGCAUGACAUCGCCUCUUUUACCAUCGAUGUGAAUACCUACACUAACACACUACUGUCAUUCACUGUUAGCGGAGUCUUUAAAGAGGUUGCUGUCAAUGGGAAAUCCCGAGACUCCACAAUGGCCUUCUCUCGAAUUUUCAUCACAGUCCCUGCAGGGAAUUCAGGCCUGUGCAUCGUCAACGACCAGCUCUUCAUCCGAAUGGCCACAACGGAAGAGAUCCGCAAGGCCUUUGUGGCGCCCGCUCCGACGCCAUCUUCCAGCCCUGUGCCCACUCUUACCGCACCUCAGCAGGAGAUGCUCACGGCCUUCUCGCAGAAGUCGGGCAUGAACCUGGAAUGGUCCCAAAAGUGUCUACAAGACAAUGAGUGGGACUUUAACAAAGCGGCACAAAUCUUCACACAGUUACAAACGGAAGGAAAAAUCCCUGAUGUUGCAUUCAUCAAAUAAACCAUUGUUUUGUACCUCCUGUGAAAGUGAAAAAUGAUUCAUUGGUUUGUUUACUAAUUUUGUCUUACUUUGUUUUAUAUAUUUGCCUCUUGUUGGAUAAGUGGCAGAAAAUUGAUGGGUGUAUGAGUUCCUUUGGCGUGGUUUUGUUUUAGCAACCAAAGAUGUCCGCAACUAUUUGGAAUUCAGACUUGUGUUAUGACGUUUUUAUUUUAUAGUCACUCUGUAUAGAAAUAAUGUUUUCAUUGUAAUAAAGACAUAACAGUAUUUGAUCAGUUCUUGUUUAAUAUCUAGCUAGCUCUUAAAUACAUGUGCCCUGCAAUGUCUUGCUCUUUUCUAACUCAUGGAAGUUAACCUGGCAGUCUUAUGAGUUAUCAUAAUGCUUAAUGUCCAUAGCUGUCAGCCGUGUGUGUGUUUAUUUUUUUAUUUUUUUUUUUUUUAAAUCACUUACCAGUCGGGCAUGGCUGUUAAUCCUGGAUAAAGAGCAGCAGGUUGGUGCAGGUAGGUUUGUGGGUCAGUUUUAAAGCACAGGAGUGACAUUGUUUAUCUACUCCCAUUUGUACUCUUACAAACGACUGCCGACAUGCCUAGUAGAGUUAAUGUAAAAUAGAAGCGAGGUAGCAUGACAUCAAAUAUUUUCAAUAAAAUAUUAUUUACGAGUACACUUGUAAAAGCUAUACUGUUAUGUUUUUUUCUUUUUUAUAUCCGUAAACCUGUUUAUCAACCUCUGCGGAGCUAAGGACUGUUUUACCUUGGGAGAGACUCAUGGCACACCAUUCAAAAAUGUCACAUAUAUAUAUAUACUGAAAUGAUUUUUGUCUUAAUUGACUUGCUUAGUGUGGAAUCUUGAGUGUUAUAUAAAUGGGAACAGCACAUACAAAGGUUAU